ACUUCCGGGGUAUCUGUUUGGAACCGCGAGCUGAACGAAGACGACCACUAAUUGUGCAUGUUUUCAGUUUCUCAACAUUAAACAUUUGUAGCUCUAAGGACUAUAGAAAGAAUAACUUGUCAUUUGUCCAAUUACUAUAUCGUGUCGGUUGUUUUGCAGCCUGGGUUUCUUUUCCGUUUCCAGGACCGUGCACUGGGAGUUAACUAUUAGCUGGUUCAGUCGUUUGCUGCUUUCAAACUACUGUAGCGUUAUAUUGUUUGGGUGAUUAAAAUGUCAAGACCAAAAUCACCUCAAUAUCUCCACAGAAUGAGCCCCAGAAGACAUGAAGGCAGAGGAGGCCGCUCUCAGCCGUUUCCAUGGGACGACCCUGACUUUGACCCCCAGAGGGUGCAGGUUGACCUCAAAAGGGUCCCCUGGAAGGAAAUUCCCGAGGACCGAAGAGAACGCUUCACGGAGGACAUCCACCCUGAGGCCCGGAGAAGACCCCCUCUUUCCCCAGACCACCACCGGCCUGGACAUCCUCCCAACCUCCGUCUGAAGGAGUACCACCGCAGGACCCUAUCACCGUCUCACGAGCUGGGCUACGCCCAAAGCAGGAGGCUCUCUCCGAAACACGAGCUCGACCACGAGGAAGGAGAUGAUCGAGGAAGAGACGGAUUCAGAGAAGACUGCGGAAGGUUUGAAGGAAGGGAUCCAAGUUCUCACUCUCCUCAACGUAUUCCCAGGGAGAGGUUGCCUUCUGUGGCCGUGUCGCACUCGCACCAUCCCUGUGACCUCCAUAGAGACCCCAACAUGGGCUGGAGGAGAGAGGACCAGAUCAGAGGGCAAGGGAGGUCCAGGGAACGGAGCCCGAGGGAGAGGUUUCAAGACCAAGGAAGAAGUCAGGGGAGGGACAGGGGAGGGGUAGAAAUGCAUGUUCCAUUUGAAGACAGGCGGAGAGAGGAUCUGCCAAGAGAGAAGAGCCCACACUCAGACAGGUACGCGAGGGACUCAGAGUUUAGAGAGCGGCCCCGCUUGCUGGAUCGGCCUUUAGAGGGCUUUGAAGGAGGCCCAGGGGACCACUGGGGCACCCAAGGAGGCUUUGUCAGGGAACCAUGCCCCCUUAUUGUGGAACAUGAUCAUGGCAUGAUGACCAGUGGAGGUCCGCCACGAAGGGAACCAGCAGACGAUCAGAGAAACCGAGGCCCAGGUCGUUACCGAGACUCAGACAGGAACCUUGACUAUGGUCGAGAGGACCCGCGGCAUCGGGUCGGAUCAUCACAGGAGAGAUUCAGAAAGUCCAAUGUUAGAGAAGAGGGCAGAGGUCACUCCGUUCAUGAUGCCAGGAGAAGCCCGAUUAAUCCCGUUGCCAGGAGAAGCCCGAUUAAACCCGUUGCCAGGAGAAACCCGAUUAAUCCCGUUGCCAGGAGAAGCCCGAUUAAUCCCGUUGCCAGGAGAAGCCCGAUUAAACCCGUUGCCAGGAGAAACCCGAUUAAUCCCGUUGCCAGGAGAAGCCCGAUUAAUCCCGUUGCCAGGAGAAGCCCGAUUAAUCCCGUUGCCAGGAGAAGCCCGAUUCGUCACAAUGAAAGGAGAAGCCCGAUUAAUCAUGAUGGCAUAAGAAACCCUGUCUACCCUGAAAGGAGUAGCCCUAUGGGUGUCCAACUUGGCAGAAAUGGUCCAAUGGGCCACCGGGACAGAGGCAGCCAAGGACACAGGGGCCGGGGCAGUCUGGCUCAGAGGGGCAGAGGGAACCUCUCACGGGGUGGAAGGAUGGAAACGGGCCCCUCUAGGAACCAGCCCCACGCACAAACGUUCCCUGGUGGGCGAUCACAUUCCCCUCAGGAGCACCAAAGACCGGGUUUUCGAUCCAGAGAUCCAGCCUGGGACGUCAAUCCCAGAGAUGAGGAAUCUGAUUGGGUGCACCCCCCAAAAGUACCUAGGUUGGAGCCAGGCAGGCCAAGAGGAGCAGGCCGGCCACCACUAGACAGCAGGAUGGGUCCUGGAUUGUCAAGAGAGAGGGACCUCAACCCACGUUGGAACCCACACAAAAAAGUUGGCGACGCUAGAGUCCUCAAACCGGAUGCCGUAGAAGAGGAAACGCUCACCAUCAAAGUGGACAUGAACCGACCCAUGGGCCAGAACAGCAAACUGUGCUACUCCUCAGAGAGACAGCUGUCUCUGGACCUGGUCAAUGUCGGCCGCCAGAGACUCGACUUCCUGCCCAUGAUGGAACAUUCUGGAACAUACCGAGAGAACUCGGUGCACUCUGGAAACUUUGCCCAGGAAAUCAUCACACUUGUGCACAAAGUUAAGGAACACUAUUUUAGAGGAGAUUGUGUAACCCUCAAUGAACGCUUCUCCGUGCCCCAAAAGGGUGGUUUACGUGCAGAAGCGAAAGCCGAGGUUGAGCCAGAGAGGCCCACUCUGAACAGGCGUUUCAACAUGAACAAGAUGGACCCUGAUGUCGAGCCUCUCUUCGACGCGGGCCACAUGCAGGCCGCUCCUAGGCAGCGUGUGGUGAGUGACCCUGGGGACCUGAGGCACGACCUGGAGAGGAGGAGACAGGAGAGGCUGGAGGGAGUGAAGGUCACCAUCCCUGGUGGUGGCCUCUCACAGCGCCCCCUAGAGCCCAGCAGCGAGCUGAAUGAGCCUGAUGAGGGGAUGGACCUGGAUGAGGAAGAUGAGGGGUUCUCAGGCUGGCGUGGAGACGCUGGACAGGGGAACAGAUGGGAUGGACACAUGCUGAGAGACGUGGGGCAUCAGAGGAAAGGAGGCCCGUUCCGACCCAACACAGGUGCCCAGCGGAGAAGCAACCGACCACCAAAUCGCAACCGUCCUGGACCAAUGAGGCGACAGAACCGCAACGUCGACGGUGUCAACUGGUGAUUGGUGUUUUAAGAUGGAUCACACCGUGAACACUGCUGACGGACUGAGAGGACUCAUCCAGCCAAUCCGACGCAUUAGGUAACACCAAUAAUCAAAAUGACUAGGGUUUACUGUUGGCCUUUCUACCAGACUUCAGUCGGGGUGACCCUUUUUCAUUUAGUUUUAGUUCAGGUCAGUCUUGAUGCCUUAAUGUGAAAGAAAUGAACUUCAUAAUUUCCCCUGGCAGUUACAUGUAGUAUUUUGUCAUAAAUGCUGCUUAUCUUUUGUUGUAACAUUUUUGUUUAAAGAAGAAAACGUUGUGGCACUGUGUCAUUUCCUAGCACUGUUGUUUGCAGUUGAUGGUUAAUCUCCUGUAUUUUAGCUGUGAUGCCAGCUUGGCUGACAUCUUUGUUUGACCCGUUUGGUUUUCUUUGGCAGAUGUUCCAUAGUCUGCAUAUGAGAUGUCUAUUCAAUAAAAUAAAUUACAUUUCUCAAAUGA